CACAAACUUCUUGAUAUCAGCAUACCCAAUAUUAAGAAGAGCGAACAAAUAAACGCGAAGAUGUUCUUGUUACCCUAGUUGUAAAAUCAUGACAAGAGGAGCAGAAUCGGCCGAUGAUGUAGGUCGUUCUACCUACAGCACACGGUGGAAGCACUUGAAGAAGCACUUCUAUUCUACUACUAUGCUAAAAGACCACCGGUGACAUAUCAACGAGCAAGCCCAGCACGAGCAAAUACAACAGUACAAAAUGGUGACGACGAGGACGAGGACAUUGUUCUUUUUAGGUCUGAUUCUAGAGGUGGCAAGAGGGUUUAGCAUCAUCGAGGCAGGUACGGUACUGAGCGGAACGACUGUGCCAGGUACGACAACACAACCUCCGUGCUCAAGCCUAUCAAACGGACCCUGGACACCUGAUCCGUUCGGGAAAACUGGGAAUAUUAUGGUAAUCACUCGUACUCCUACUCUUUGGUCCUCAUCUAUGUUGACUGUACUCGUCUUCAAUCGCCAUCGAUAUUAUGUUGAUUGUACUCGUACUCUUUAAUCCUCAUCUACUACCUCUAAUAUCUUCCUAGUAUCCCUACAACUAGUGUAAAAGCCAACAUGUUCGACCGCAUCUGUGCAGUAUUGUCGUUAUCAGUGGAAGUGACCCAAAACACCUGCAUAGAGUAGAUAUGAAGCAAGGCCAAGGGGGGCUUGUACUUAUAUAUUACUUACUUAGUGCAACUACUCUCCCUCUCGUCUGUCGUCCUGAGCUAGUGCUUGGAUCUUGGUUCUUCGCUCUCAUUGUACCCGAAUCGACUAACGUCGUCGCCAUCUACUUUCUAAUAAACUUCUGUCGUGCACGUGCUUAUAUUAGUAAAAGUGAUCCCUUUAUUUUCAUACUCAGUGCAGUGAACGCGCAAUGUGGAUUGGACUUUCACUCUUUCGGCAUCUCAAGCUCUGGCGGAUUGUGCUCGCCAAAAAUGAUAAAUUUACGGCUUUGGCAGUGCUCACUCAUGUCUUUCAAGGUGGAAUUAAAUUCAUUAUUGUGCUGUUGAUAGCACGAAGCUACAACAGAGAAGAAGAAACAAUUUCGUUAACUACGUGAUGCUGAUGGUCAUCUUAAUAGAAGUGAGAAACUGAUGAAUCUGAAACUAGUACAACCCUUAAUCAUCAUCUUAAUCUCCCUUUUCUAAUCCUCACCGGUCAAUUUCCAGCAGCCAACGACCUAGUUGCGUGGUAUCCGGAUAAGGCAGCAGCAAUGAGGAACGGCGACAAGAUCUGUUAAGAAGACCACUUUGCCCUAACCAUAUGAUCGAGAACCAUUUUGCACUUUCCUAACUGUAAACUUAUGUUAACCACGACAUAAAGAAAGAGACAUGAUGAACAUCUCCUGCUACUAGGCACAUUCAUUCAUUCAACAUCUCAGUAGGUCUCAGUCGUGACAGUGUAGUGAUGUUUUGCAGACAUGUUGAAAAGAAGCUGCUUAGUAAAUAGUAAGCUCUGAGAAUACAAAUUCGUCUUAGGAGGCAGAUUGCCGAGUCCUCGAUGACAUCAACAAGCUCUCAGAGCGGAUGAAGAACUACAUUCUAAAUCUCGCAUGCAAAAGUUGAAGCGGCAACGUUGCAAACUAAUAGCCAAAACGUUCCGAAUGGAUGUGCGUUUUACUGCCGACAACAGAAUGAUCCUGCAGCAAGAUGCAUUGCGUAUAACUUAUGAAAUGAGCUGCAGUAAUCAUCUAGAUGUAGGAACAAGCUAGGUUGCUAGAAAUAAGAACAACAAAAAUACCACUGCUUUCAUUUCUUCGUCGAAAGAAGACUGCUCUAGAAGGGGUAACGAAAUGCUAUCACGAAAUCGAACUUGAGGGCUGUUUGGUCUACCUUACCAAUGACGACACCGUAAAACAACCGGAGGCGAUGUAUGUUAAGGCUGAGAGGACAUGUACUUAUAAUAAUAGUUCUUGGCGGGAUCAUACUUCUUGCUUCUCUUCAAUUAAAUCUUUCAGACUAUAAGAUACAAUCUUAUGAAGCGGAAAAGUGUACUCAUCCUCAAGAAAGUAGGCACUUUCGAAGUAGGAAAAAACCUCUUUUCUUGAGUAUGAGUACACUUUUUUCUGUCAUAAAUCUAGAGCAUAAUUUAUUACUUUUACUGACGGCGCCACGACGGUUCUUGCCGUACCUCCUCUACAACCACCAGUAGAAAUUGUAACUCUAAUACCAGAUUCGGUGUCACUUUUGGAAAAGUUCCUUCCAUGUUCACGGAUGAUGGUCCUCACUAUGAAUGGUUUAUGGAUGAUGUUUUUUCCAUCUCUCAGACCAUUGAGGCUGCUCCUUUUCCCCUUAAAACUGUAUACAUAGGUUAAGGGGGGCCUCGAUGGUCUGCCUAGAUGGAAUGGACGCCAUCCAUAUGGUUGCAAACCCAGAACCGCUGUUGCAUCCGGGAUUUACCACAAGAUAGCACAUGA